AACAAAAAUAUUCUCAAUGUUUAAAUUUCGCCACCGCUCAGACCAAUCCGAGGGAGACUCCGGAUGAGCCGGCUAGAAGUUCCAACUUCCAAAACACAGUCUGUCUACUCAGCUCUCGACAAUGCCAGAGACCGACGCGGACUUCGAUCUCAGACCAUCCCCUCAGUCCGCCUUCACAAUCGGAGAGUACGCAUUUGCCGAUGUGGGAAAUUUGGAACACUGCGCUAAGUACUUGAACCGGACGCUUAUUACGUACGGAUUCCCGGCUUCUCUCGAUCUGUUCGCCAAUGAUCCGGUUUCUGUUGCGAGAACUUGCAAUUGUCUAUACUCGUUGCUUCAACAGAGGCAGCGGGAUGUUGAAUUUAGAGACUCUGCUAGUGAGCAGAGACAGAGGCUACUAUCGGACAUAUCGAGAUUAGAAGCAAAAGUUGAGAGGCUUGAGGCACAAUUACAAGCCAAGGAUAGGGAGAUAGCAACCAUUACGCGAACGGAAGCUAAAGCUACGGCAGCCUUUAAGGCCCAAAUCGAAAAGCUUCGGCAGGAGCGAGAUGAGUUUCAAAGAAUGGUCCUUGGUAAUCAGCAAGCAAAAACUCAACAAAUACAUGAGAUGAAGAAAAAAGAAAAAGAGUACGUCAAAUUGCAGGAAAGGCUAAACCAAGUCUCAAUGGAAAAAAAGAAGGAAUCUAGAUCGGGCAUGGAGAUAAUGAAUUUGCUUCAGAAAGAAGGGCGGCAGCGCGGAACAUGGAAUGUGAAAAAGGCCGACAAUGAUUUCUACAAAAAGAUUGUAGAUGCUUAUGAGGCAAAAAAUCAAGGGUUGAUGGCGGAGAAUGCUGAUUUAAGGGCAUUAUUACGGUCAAUGCAGAUGGACAUGCGUGACUUUUUAAAUGCUCCUAAUGGGUUGUCCAAGCAAUCUGUGGCUGUCAACGAAGGAGUUGAAACUGACCCUUCAAAGUCCCCAUUGGGAGGGAGAACGGAUGUCUUUGACCUGCCCUUUCACAUGGCUAGAGGUCAAAUAGAGGAAAGUCUCCGAAAUAAGAUGACUUCCAUAAAGGAGCGUAUGGUUCAAUUGCAAGAUGCACAGAAAGGUUCUGAAGUUACUUCUGAAUCAACUGAGAGGGAGCUUGAACUUGAAGCUCAACUUGUUGAGGCCAGGAGCAUAAUCCAAGAGCAGGCAUCCGAAAUGUCUAAGCAUCUUUCUAAGUCUGAGAGGCCAAGGGGGUAAGAAAUUAACAAGCCUAGCAAAGUUUUGGUCUAUAUCAAGAAUUUAAGUUGCUGCAUGCAGAGUUGGAUUGGAGCUAGCUAGCUAUAUUGUAAUUUUGUAUACUUAUUGCCUACCAGAGAAUACACAUUAUUCUUGUUCUGUUGUUUGUAAAGCCUAGAAGCCGUAGUUUUUAGCUGUUAUGUUAAUGGAAAAGUAUGUAGCUUUCCCAAAC